AAGAAAGAAAAAUGAAAGUAGAAUGGGUGUUAUCGAAAGCAGUUGCUGGAAACGCCCAGCUAAUGAGAUACUACAUGUUGAAUUGAAAAAUCAACUUCUAAAUUCGUUCACCUAGUUGGAGCCUAGCUCUGUUGUGAUUGUCCAAAGUAGCUGUGAUAAAACAGCUCGGAACAGAGAUGGAGAGUACUUUAGACUUUAUGAUCAUGUCUCUUAUGGAGCAUUUAAAGUACGUGGACAUUAAAAUCAAAUCCUAUUGGCACAAACCAUCUCAGCGUGCCACUAAUUUAGCUAGCUUAUCGCCAGAAAAGCAGAUGGAAGAAGUUUUAGCUUUUUACAGCGAUACCAUUGAACACUUGUGGAAAAUUGCAGAAUGCAAUUCCAAGCAAACGGAAGCCGAGGAAGGAAGAGUAGGAACGAUGUACAUGGGUAGUUCUUGGGAAGGAACGUAUUUGCCGGAGAUUUCAGAAGKUUUUGACGCAUAUGUAAUGGAAGAAGACACGCAGAUGGAAAUCCAGUCUACUAUACAGGUGAUUGCCUCGGACAGUCUUGAUCAGACGGCGGAUUCGAAGAGUCUUUUCAAGCUACUGUACACGGAGAAGACAGGCUACUACCUCAUCACAUGGACAGACUACGGGCUCCAAGUGAAAACAAACCACGAGAAAAAACGAAGAACAGAAAUAGAGGGAAUCAACGACGGAAAUGACCAGGAAACGUUCUGCCUUCUGGACGRUUUGACAGAGGAGAUCGAAGUGAAUGGAAAGAUAAUCCCAGUGCUUUCUCCCUCACAAUAUCGCAAGAGGAUUUUAAGUAUGCCUCCUACAAGUAUCCAAGGUUUUCCAGUGUGGUUUGGCAUGCAAGACCAAAAUUCGCCAGCGAUCACCUUUCUCACCGAAGAAGUAAAACAACACGGCAAAAUCAAAAAGAUUACAGUCGUUGAUGGUGUGACUUGUAUUUGUACGACCAAACAUACUCUGGACGAUAAGUGGAUAAAAGAAAAGGAAAACUCCAGCAAAUGGCUGACAAAAGGCUUGUUGUCAAAGCUCCAAGAGAACAAGUCUUUUGUGGUUGCAAAGUCUUGGGAGAAAGACCAGGAAAACCUGUUUUGUUGGCGGAUUUCCUUUUCUGUUGUCGAACGACAGUGCAUCAAAUUACUCCCUCCUGAGCCAAAGAUUUGUUUGAUCAUCUUAAAAGCAAUACGAAGGAAAUUUCUGAAGGAGCCAAAGUGUUUGGUCACGUAUCAUCUCAAAACUAUUCUAUUCUACCAUCUAGACAAGGUUGGAAGAGACUGGAAGGCAGAAGAACGAGCUCAGAACAUCCUCAUCUUGCUAAAUGACUUAGCCGAAGCCUUGAAAAGCAAGUCUCUGCCACUUUUCUUUGAACCUGAACUCAACACCCUUGGAGGGAUAGAGGAGAAAAGCAUUGAAGAAUUGGAGACGAAAAUCCGUCAGAUCCUUGCCUCUCCUGGGGCAAUACUCAUGUCAGGGAUUUUGUUCCAGAGUUUAGAUGAAGCUCACAAGAAGGAGAAUUUCCUCAAGAGCGAACAAGUGAUGCACGUUUGGUUUGAUGAGAAACCUACAAAGACAAAGCUGUUUUAUUAGGAAGAUUCACAGGACUUGGUUGAGGGUGUGGAUGGGGGUAACAGAUUGUCAGUUAAGUGGCUUCAUAUAGUUUCAAGCUUUAGAGUAACAGAAUUAGAAAUUAUUUUCUAGCAAA